AUGACUGAAAAACCAUCAGAAUCAAGACUUUGGGGCGGCCGGUUCACGGGAGCAUCCGACCCGCUCAUGGACCUGUACAACGCUUCGUUGCCGUAUGACCAGAAGAUGUACGGUGCUGAUUUGGAAGGAACAAGAGUGUACACUGAAGGUUUGAGCAAGCUGGGGCUUUUGACCAGCGACGAGCUGUCUGAGAUCCACAGGGGUUUGAAGAUCAUUGGCGAGGAGUGGGCCCACGGCACGUUUGUCGAGAAGCCCGGUGACGAGGAUAUUCACACCGCCAACGAGAGAAGACUCGGCGAGAUCAUCGGCAAGAACAUUGCUGGCAAAGUCCACACCGGCCGGUCCAGAAACGACCAGGUGGCCACAGAUAUGCGGAUUUUCGUCAGACAGGAGCUCAAGAAGCUGCUCAAGCUGCUCAAGUCGCUGAUCCAGGUCAUGACCACCCGCGCAGAGAAGGAGAUCGACGUGCUGAUGCCUGGAUACACUCAUUUGCAGAAAGCACAGCCGAUCAGAUGGGCCCAUUGGGUCAGCAUGUACGCCACGUACUUCACCGAGGACUACAAGCGUCUGCAGCAGCUAAUUGAGCGGGUCAAUGUUUCUCCGCUCGGGUGUGGUGCCCUGGCCGGCCAUCCUUACGGAAUCAACAGAGAGUUUUUGGCCGAGGGACUGGGAUUCAACGGAGUGAUUGGUAACUCGCUCGUGGCCGUCAGCGACAGAGACUUUGUGGUGGAGACGAUGUUCUGGUCGUCGUUGUUCAUGAACCACAUUUCCAGAUUCAGUGAGGAUCUGAUUAUCUAUUCUACAGGAGAGUUUGGGUUUAUCAAGCUUGCGGACGCAUAUUCCACUGGAUCUUCACUGAUGCCGCAGAAGAAGAACCCAGACUCGCUGGAGCUGCUGCGUGGUAAGUCGGGCCGGGUGUUCGGCUCGCUGGCCGGGUUCAUGAUGUCCAUCAAGUCGAUUCCGUCCACUUACAACAAGGACAUGCAGGAGGACAAGGAGCCGUUGUUUGACAGCUUGUUGACGGUGGAGCACUCGAUUCUGAUUGCCACGGGUGUCGUUUCGACGUUGAGCAUUGACGCGGCCAAAAUGAAGGCCGCCUUGACCAUGGACAUGCUUGCUACCGACCUGGCAGAUUAUUUGGUUAGAAAAGGUGUUCCGUUCAGAGAAACACACCACAUUUCCGGUGAGUGUGUGCGCAAGGCAGAGGAGGAAGGCUACAGCGGCAUCGACAAGUUGACCUUGGCACAGUUCCAGGAGAUCGACUCGAGAUUCGAGGAAAACGUUUUCGAGACGUUCGACUUCGAAGCAAGCGUCGAAAGAAGAACGGCUACAGGAGGCACGGCCAAGAGCGCUGUUUUGAAGCAACUGGCCAGUCUCAAGACUCUGUUAGAGUAG